GACUUCAGUCCUCAAGUGGUGCAUUGGUGCAUAAGAGGUGUGAGCGCAGAGCGGAUGGAGCGGUGACGGGACAUGCAACUGGGACCAGCGCAGAUCUUCAGCCGGUCUGGAGACCAGAAACCAGCACGGGGAGACGUGGAACGGACUCCCAUAGAGGGAGAAAGAGAGGAGCCCGAACAGAAGAAAAAAAGGGGGUGGGGGGCGUUGACCUCUUAACCCCCCCCGCCCACACACACACACACACACACACACAAGCGUCAACCAGCAACGCCGCAUCGCCAUGGACACUGACACGGGCCACAAUCACACGUACAGCUCCUCAGAGACUCGGGACACCGAGUUGUUCUCCCCCGAAGAAGAAGACAGCAGUCUGUACUUCACCUACAGCGGGGGGUGCAACGAGCUGGAAGUCAACAACCUGCACUAUGAGGUGGACACGGCGGCUCAGAUCCCGUGGUACGAGAGGUUAUCGGAGUUCAAGUUGCCCUGGGAGAUAAAAGGGAACAAGCAGACGGCCAUCAACCAGCUCAGCCUCCGGGUCCGCAGCGGGCAAAUGCUGGCUGUCAUUGGCAGCUCAGGUUGUGGUAAAACCUCUUUGCUGGACAUAAUAACGUGUCGCGACGAGGGCGGCGCGAGGACAUCCGGCCACGUCCUGAUCAACGGGAGGCCCAACACGCCGCAGCUGGUGAAGAAGAACAUCGCCCACGUGCGCCAGGACGACCGGCUUCUUCCCCACCUCACGGUGCGGGAGACUCUGGCCUUUGUGGCCCGACUGAGGCUCCCCACCCACUUCUCACAGGCCCAGCGGGACCAGAGGGUGGAUGAUGUCAUCGCGGAGCUGCGGCUGCGGCAGUGUGCUCACACCCGGGUGGGAAACGACUACGUGAGGGGCGUCUCCGGUGGGGAGAGGAGGAGAGUCAGUAUAGCGGUCCAGCUGCUCUGGAACCCCGGCAUUCUGAUCCUGGACGAGCCCACGUCCGGUUUGGACAGCUUCACGGCCCACAACCUGGUGAUCACCCUGUCCCGCCUGGCCCGGGGGAACCGCCUGGUCCUGCUGUCGGUCCACCAGCCGCGCUCCGACAUCUUCCAGCUCUUCGACCUGGUCGUCCUGCUGUCGUCGGGGUCGGCCGUUUACUGCGGCCCCGCCCGCGACAUGGUGCAUUACUUCACUGCCCUCGGGUACCCCUGCCCGCGAUACUGCAACCCAUCUGACUUCUAUGUGGAUCUCAUCAGCAUAGACCGGCGGAGUCCGGAGCGAGAGGCCGAGUGUUUGGAGCGGUCCGCGGUUCUGGCCGAGAGGUUCAUGGAAAGCGUGCGAGACACGGACGACCACAUGUGGAAACCAGCGGGGGGCGCCGCAGCCCCGGCGCCGCCGGAGAGCCCUCAGCAGACGAGCCAAGCGAAGGGAGAGAACGUCAUCACCGUCUCCAAGCAGAGCAACAGGCUGCCUGGCCGACUUCACCAGUUCACCAUCCUCAUCAGGCGUCACAUGUACAACGACUUCAGAGACCUGGUCACCUUACUGGUCCACGGCUUCGAGGCCCUCCUCAUGUCGCUGCUGGUCGGCUGUCUGUACUACGGGGCGGGGGAGGAGCGCCUGUCCAUUCAGGACACGGUGGCCCUCCUCUACAUGAUCGGGGCGCUCACCCCGUUCGCCGUGGUGCUGGACGUCAUAGCCAAGUGUCACACGGAGAGAGCCAUGCUCUACCACGAGCUGGAGGACGGCAUGUACUCCGUCACCUCCUACUUCUUUGCCAAGGUGCUGGGGGAGCUACCGGAGCACUGCGUGUUCACGCUGGUCUACGGGCUGCCCAUCUACUGGCUGGCCGGCCUCAACGGGGCCCCGGACCGUUUCCUGCUGAACUUCCUGCUGGUGUGGCUGAUGGUGUACUGCAGCCGAGCCAUGGCCCUGUUCGUGGCCGCCGCGCUGCCCACCCUGCAGACCUCGGCCUUCAUGGGCAACGCCCUUUUCACCGUCUUCUACCUGACCGGAGGCUUCGUCAUCAACAUGGAGAACAUGUGGCUCGUGGCCUCGUGGCUCUCUCACGCCUCCUUCAUGCGUUGGGGCUUUGAGGGCAUGCUGCAGGUGCAGUUCCGAGGCAACAAGUACCCCGUCACCAUCCACAACAUCACCAUCGAUGUUGACGGCAUACACAUGGUGGAGGCCAUGCACAUGAACCAGUAUCCUCUCUUCUCCUGCUAUCUGGUCCUUGUGGCGAUCUGUGUGGUCUUCAUGGCGCUCUAUUACGUCUGCCUGAAGUUCAUCAAACAGAAGUCCAGCCAGGACUGGUGAACACAUCCGGAACGGAAAUCACACAAAUUACAUCAGUCAGCAUUUUACUUUUGGGAGUGUUUUUUCUUUAUUUUUCAUGUGCAGCAGUUGAAGUAAUUUGGGUUCUAGUUCGACUGGUUCGACAUUGAACCAAUGCUUUCCCGUUUAAUUGUACUGUUCCUGUUAAAAUGUUGUCUUGUGACUAGUGUCUGAUAGAGGGACAGAAAUAAAUAAAAGCUUUGAGUAAUUUCGACAUCA